AUGACGAUGUCGGAGCUUCCAGGGGAUGUAGUAGAGGAGAUACUCUGUCACGUUCCGGCCGCAUCUCUGAAAAGGUUACGAUCUACAUGCAAAAGAUGGAAUCUUUUAUUCGACGAUCCAAGAUUCGUAAGAGAGCACUUCGAUAAAGCCGUAAGAGUAAGACAGUUGAUGACAAAGGAAUUAAAGAUUUGUUCGGUGAACGUUAACCACCAUGGAGUUUUAUCUAUAGAUGUAUCAGGUAAACUUAACCUAAUCAAUCGUCAUUUUAUUUUAAUUAGAAUAGCUGAAGUUUUUCACCACGAUGGCUUAUUGUUAUGCACCAUCAAAUAUAGCACUAGUCUCGUUCUUUGGAACCCAUGUACUGGUCAAGCCAAGUGUAUCCCAGCCAAAGAUCCUUACAAGACACGCCACGGCACCUUUGCUCUCGGAUCGUACCAAGACAAGAAAUCCGGAUAUAAUAGCUACAAAAUAUUGAGCUAUGAUAAUGGUGGUACUGAAACCAAGACGGACAAAUUCUCAAUUUAUGAGUUUAAGUCGAAUUCAUGGAAGAUUCUUGACGUGACUUUGGAUUUUGACUUGACCCGUAUUGAUAACCGCGUCACUUUUAAGGGAAAGACUUACUGGUUUGCGGUAGAUGAGAAAGAGAACCACCACGCCAUAUUCUUACUCAGUUUUGAUUACACAACAGAGAGAUUUGGACGUAUGAAUCUUCCAUAUCAGCUUUUUCCAUAUAUUUCUAGGACUGAUAUGGCUCUCUCCGUUGUUAGAGACGAAAAACUUUUCGUGUUAUUACAGCUCACAAAUACAUCAAGGACAGAAGUAUGGGUGACUAAUAAGAUUGAUGAGACUAAAGUGGUACCGUGGAGCAUGGUCUUGGCAGUGGAUCACUCCAGAGAAGAUAUUAUGUCUGGAGUAAGGUUUCUUGUCGACGACGAGAAGAAAUUCGUCGUGUGUUUUGAUUGGAAAAGUUUGGUCAAGGACGGCAAGGUUCACUACGAAAACAUGGUACACAUAAUUAAGGAGGAUAAUAAAGUUAGAAAAGUGGAUUUUGCAGCACCUACAAAAUUGUUACAUUGGUCACAAUUGUUUAAUUAUGUUCCAAGUUUGGUUCAAAUCCAGUGA